AUGAAACGAGAACAUGGACGCGAUGAUGAUCGCAAAUUUCCGAACAAAAGGCAGCGCAAUGAUGGGUUUAUGGAGGCUAUAUCGAAUGGAAAAUUUGAAUUGCGCCUUCUUGUAAGCAGUAAAUCUGCUGGCGCAAUUAUCGGAAAAGGAGGAGAUAAUAUUAAGCGUCUUCGAAGCGAAUUCGACGCCCACAUCCAAGUCCCUGAUUCCAACUCCCCCGAACGAAUCAUCAAUGUUACCGCUGACCCUGGAGUGAUGCUCGAUAUAAUGAAGGAUAUUCUACCAAGAUUGGAGGAUGCGCAAACGGACAAGGAUGCGUGUGAAGUACGUGUUCUUAUUCAUCAAUCUCAUGCUGGUGCCCUCAUUGGAAGAAGCGGAAGCAAAAUCAAGGAACUUCGAGAGAAAUGCGGCGCUAGAAUGAAGAUUUUUCAACACUGCGCUCCUGGCUCAACAGAUCGUGUGCUCCUGACUAGCGGUGAUCUAAGCAGCUGCUUGAAAAUGAUUGAGAAUGUUAUGGCUGAAUUGAAAGAGAUUCCAAUCAAGGGCCCAUCUACUCCAUACAAUCCAAACAAUUACGAGAACAAUCGCGCUCAUGAUUAUGGGGGUUUCGAAGGAUCAAUGAGCGGACCACCGAGAUCGAUGGGAAAAGGUGGGCCACCACCGCGUAGUGGAGGCUAUGGUUACAGUGAUGGACGUGGACUUGGAGAUUAUGGAUACCGAGGAGGCCCACCACAGGGAUAUCAAGCCGGAACCUAUGGAUCUGCUGGAUAUGGUGGACCACCACCACCACCGGCAAAUGGAUAUUACGGAGGCGUCGGUGGAUAUGGUACAGGAAACCAAACUUUGACAACUGCUCAGGUUACCAUUCCAUCGAAUCUUGGGGGCACUAUUAUAGGAAAAGGUGGAGAGAGAAUCGCGAGAAUCCGUCAAGAAUCUGGUGCCCAAAUAACAUUGGAAGCUGCUCAAGGACAGCCUGAACGAAUUAUUACGAUUACUGGAACCGAACAUCAAAUUCACACGGCGCAGUAUCUGCUUCAACAAUGUGUUCGCACAUCACACGAAGGACGCGAACAAUUCGGACCGAUGUAA